GUGAGAUUACAACUACAAACACAGUAUUUUUUCGAAAAUAAGAAAAAAAAGACAAAAAUAAUAAUAAUUUUUUUUAAAUAAGAAAAUCAAAGAACAAAAAAUAAUAGAAAAUGACAAGACUUAGGACAUUCCAGUUAAUUCUGCUCGUAUGCAGUUGGAAUGUUGUCAAUAGCAAAAGCAACAGUCAAUCAAAUGGCAAUAGUACGAAAGGAGUUAUUCGGCAUCAGCAAACGUUCGAGACGAAGUUGAAUCAUCUCGUUGUUGAUGUCAUUGGAAAUAGGCCCACCCGAUUACAGCCAUCAUCAUUGUCAUCAUCACAACAUAUAAAGGAUGAAGGUGACUGA